UGAAGAGAAUACGCCAUAUUGAAUUCCCGUAGGAAACGGCUAGCUUUUCUCCAGCUAGCGGUGUAAAUGGGCCACUUUAUCAAUGGUCCUAAUUCGGUUUAAUUUUUAAAUACUUCCCCCCUUUAGUAACCCCCGGCGGACGUAGCGACCUCUAAAGGUCCGGAAGACGGCAGAGAUUCACAACGGGGCUCGAUAGUGUUAGAUAGAUACUUGCAGGUGGGGGGGGGCUACCAGAGAAAGAAGUUGAAUGGAUCCGAGGGUAGCUUGGAUUCAGCCCGAACAGAAAGGACCCGCAAACGCCUUAUGGAUGCACGUCUGGGAGACCUCUCAGGGAGUACGGACGCUCUCCGCUCAGCAGCAGCAGCAGCUCCACAAUCAAAACUACAACCAGUGUGUGAAUUACGCUGCGUUGGAUGUUUUAAAAAAUGUGGUGGCAUCGAGCAAGAGUCUUAGCAGCAGCAGCAGCAGCAGCAUCGGCAGCAGCCAUCACAGCAUCAUGAACGGGACUGGUGUUACCGGUGCUGCAAUCUCCUCUUUAGGGCUGUCCAACGGGAACGUACAUAACUCACUCACCACCACCACGACGACGACGACGACGACUGAACCAGGUGAGGGGAAAAACGUGCCCCAGAAGACGACGGGACCUGUCUCCUCUUCGUCGUCCGCAAAGGAUAGCCCCCCGUCUGGCUGCUCACUUGAUAGGACUAUGGUUGGGAACGACAUCAAUAAAAAUGUCGGGGGUGCCAAUCUGCUUUUCAACGCGAGCGACAGAAUAGACAAUAACGUCAACCUGUAUCACCACCGUCACCUGCAGGAGCACCCGGCUUUCAAUUUACAGCAAAUGUGCAUAAAGCGCCACCAGGUUCAACCGUGUCUACCUGUAAAUCACACACACCACCCAGGUCGAAGGAAAAGUGACAACAAAGCGAGCACUUAUGGGAUGAAUUACUUGCUUUCAAACUGCACUAAUGGCAAUUAUGCGAGCACUUUGACGCCGUGGAAGACGAGGAAGUACAACCCCGGGGUCCUCGGACUCCAUGAGGAAGUGAUGGACUUCUACAACUUCAUGUCCCCUCGGCCAGAAGAAGCAGCUAUGAGGAAGGAGGUGGUGAACAGGAUAGAGAUGAUCAUCAAGGAGCUGUGGCCCACCGCGGAUGUACAAAUAUUUGGCAGCUUCAGCACAGGGCUGUACCUCCCAACAAGUGACAUUGACCUGGUGGUGUUUGGAAAGUGGGAGCGUCCCCCGCUGCAAGAGCUGGAACAAGCUCUUAGAAAGCAUAACGUCGCUGAACCUUUCUCUAUUAAAGUGCUGGACAAAGCUACAGUGCCAAUCAUCAAACUGACAGACCAGGAGACGGAGGUGAAGGUGGACAUCAGUUUCAAUGUGGAGACUGGAGUGAAGGCAGCAAGCUUCAUCAAAGAUUAUGUAAAGAAGUACCCAGUGCUGCCUUACCUGAUCUUUGUGCUGAAGCAGUUUCUGCUGCAGAGAGAUCUGAAUGAAGUCUUCACAGGGGGAAUCAGCUCUUACAGCCUCAUCCUUAUGGUCAUCAGCUUCCUACAGCUCCAUCCUCGUAUUGAUGCCAGAAACCCCAAUGAGAAUUUGGGCGUGUUGCUGAUUGAGUUCUUUGAGUUGUACGGCCGCCAUUUCAACUACUUGAAAACAGGGAUCAGAAUAAAAAAUGGAGGCGCAUAUGUAGCCAAAGAGGAGAUCAUGAAGGCCAUGACAAAUGGAUACAGGCCAUCCAUGCUGUGCAUAGAGGACCCACUUCUUCCAGGUAAUGAUGUAGGGAGGGGUUCCUAUGGUGCCAUGCAUGUCAAGCAGGUGCUUGAUUAUGCCUACACUGUCCUGAGUCAUGCUGUAUCCCCCCUCGCACGGUCAUAUCCCAACAAAGACUCUGAAAGCACCCUGGGAAGGAUAAUCAGGUUGACACAGGAAGUUAUUGACUACAGGGAAUGGAUUAUCAAGAAGUGGGGGGGCAGGGAUCUGACUCGAAAUGACAACAGAGUUUCACCGCCCAAGGAGCCAGUGUCCGAACAUGAUCCCUGUGUGCUAGAAGGUGGUGUCGGGUCCGAGGAGCAGCAGAGGGACUCUGCGUCUCCCCACAGUGCAGACUCCCCAAUGUCCAUCUCCAGUCCUCAUCAGCACUCCUCAGCCUCCUCGGUCUCCUCACUGUCUGGAUCAGACAAUGACUCUGAUUCAGCACUGCCGUGUCCUGUCCCUCCUCCAGCUCUGCCACCGUACCGGUCUUUCCCACCUCUGGGCCUUGCUUUACCACCAGGCCUUAACAUGGGCAAGCCAGGCAUGGGAGGACACCAUCUCCUCAUGCCUCCAGGCUCACAGGCUCGCGUCUCACUGCCCGGUGGUCUAACAAUGCACUCCAUACCUGGCAGACAGGUGUGUAUAGACACCGGGCUCCCCCCCUUCUUCCACAUGCCCCCCCUAGCCCAUGCUCACCCCCCUGCCCCAUCCAGCCCCCAGCCUCCGCUCAGCCCCCACUCCAGCCACACACACAAGAAUGGAGUUAAGUUUAAUGUGAAGGGCUUCCACAACCCGCCACUGGUCAACAACCCUGUGAUGGUUAACCGUGGACACACACACACUCACACGCACACACAGUAUCACCGCAACACUUGGCGUCGCAGAAAGAGGGACAGCCUUCCGGUUAGCCUCAGCAGAUAGAAACCACUCCUCUCCCCCCACUUCUCCUCCCUCUCUUCUCUGGCUGCGAGACUGUGGCUCAUCGUCCGCCUCAAAGGAAGAUGGACAGGCAGACAGAGGACCAGCAGAGACCAGCAGUUUUCACUCUGGGGCUGUCACCACAUGGAUCAACAGCCCUCAGCUCUGCUUCUUUCUUCUUCUAUCUCUACCUUUCCAUUUCUGCAUGACUUUUGUUCACGGUUUUGUAGUUUCAUUAUUAUGCUAAUUUCAGUAUUUUAUUGAUCUCAACUUUAUUUCAGAUCAAUUCCUGUUUUAUUUUUGUAUUGUUUAUGAGACUUGGCGAAGAUGCCUUUGACAAGUUCACUUGACCUCGUCAUAGCCCUUGCAGCCAAGCUGCCUGUGGUUCAGUGUUACAUUUGUUUUUUUUUUACAGUUUAUACACUUAAGAACAAAAGGUUUUUCAUUUUGUGCAGUAAUGUUGUUUUGCUUAUUUAAUUUGUUGUGUGUAAAUGUAAAGGCAUUUUUAUACUGUUUUAUUUUUGUAGAAUUUUAAAUUUUGUUUACAAAAAGGUUCCCCAGGCAGCAUUGCUGGAGUAUGUGUGUAUGUCAGUUGUGUCUGUGUGUUGAGGGAGUGUAUAUGCCUGUUUGUCAUCAGGUUUAGAUGGACCUCACUUCUAGCUUCACCUCCCCCUUCUCUUCGUCUAUUCCACUGUAACUUUUGUUUGAUAUAGAGGAGCUGCAUCGAAAAAGGGAUACAAAGCUCUUACCUUGAUGUUCCCUUUUAUUUUUCAUCACCUGUCUUGUGACCACGGGCAAAGUGAACAUGGAAUUCCUUAGGGAAGUUUUGUUUCUCAGUCCAGUUAGUCAAAGGUAGGGUUGGAAAUUUCCCACUGGGACAUCCUGACAAACAUGGGGAAUGGAUGUACUUCUAUUUUGGCCUAAAAAAAAAAAAAGAGGUAAUUCCUGGGCAGAUAGAGAUUUAGCAGUGAUUGUAGAGAUUGUAUAUGUGUGUUAAACUCCCUCUGUGUGUGUGUGUGUGUGUGUGAGAGAGAGUGAGUGAGUGAGUGGUUGUGUGUGUAUUGGUGUCCCUUUGUGGGACUGUGCUGUUACCAUAUUUUGUCAGUCAGGGGAAGGCUGGCAUUGGCCUGCUAGUUUUUUUUCUUGGCCAUCUUUCUCUACACUGGAGGCAAUUGUAAAAGAAACGCCUCCAGACUAUGCAGAAUGUUGGUCUCAAAGAGCAUAUUCUGUUCAACAUAUUGUGUUUCCUGUUUUGAGCUUGUAUAUUUUUAUAACACAUUGUAGGAAGGUUUGGGCCACGAAGGCUAACACUUAUCUGACUUGAAUCUGAAGAUUAAGGUUUGGUGGCGGAAAGCCGCUGAUUUCAUGUCAGAGAAGUCCUCUUCCUUUCUCUGUCAAGUGGAGGGAUGGGGUUGUGGAAAUCUGAUCCUAGGGCUAAUGUUAACUUUGCUGACAGCUGUCAAAUCUGGGCGGGCUAACACUACGAUGCUUAGCGAAAAGGUUUUCUCCUUAGCGUCCUGAACGAAAUAGAAGGAAGGAGAGAGGGGGGGGGAGUCUUCCUGAACCAAGGACCCUAAUGAAAGGGAAUUAUAUUUUGAUUCCAUUCCGGAAUCUUGUGUAUAUUUGAUUGCCAGGUACUUCCGCUAAUUGUUUGCAAUGCCUUUCUUUGUGUUUACUUGGAGUGUGUGUACGUCGUUUUCAGCGAGCAUACCGUGUCACACAAAUAUACACACACUCACAGACAAAACUGUCGAGGGCUGUGACUCGCCCAGAACACUGCACUCGCUGAUGUUAUUACUAUGCAAGUGGAUAUUUGAAAUUAUUGUGUCAACUCCUUUGCCCUUCAAAUUAUUUAUUUUUUUCCAAAUGACAUACAUCGCUUGUCGGUCAGAACCGUUAGUCGCUGACAGACUCACAAGCCAGCUCAUGUGAACCUCAACCCCAACCCUCUGACGCCCCUGUAUUUGUAUGAAGGUCCUGACAUGUUUCAAAAUCUAGUUUUCUACAUGUUUUUGUCAAAUGUAAAGACUGGGGGAUGUUAAUGUCAUUGGUUGGGUCUAGGUCUGUGUAGUGUGUGACAUAGUGAAACGUGUGUGAGAAAGUAUUGAGACUUAUGGCACCACAGGUUUUUAAUCAGACACCCGACGGUUUAUGAGCCAGUGCACCCAGAGAGCGACUUGCACUCUGUCGGUGCGCUUCAGAUGUGGCCAAAGUGUCCACCAACAAUUCUUUUGCUCUUUUUUUUUUUUUUAACUGAGACUUUUCAGAACCAUCACACUAUUUAUGUUUACUUUUCCUUGAAACCAUGGCAACUCUGACCUUUUCAGUCAAACUACAUCUGGUAUCAAUUCAAUCUCAGAUGACAGGUUCCUGUCUUGACUGGUUGCUCACAAGGCAAUUGAAAUUAUGAGCUAAUCUUCACCUCCAUCAGAGAAAUCCUUUUAGUUAAAUGGUUUGACCAAAUUGACACAAUGAAUGCAGCAGAAGGUAGUUUUUAGUGAUGGGCCCAAAAAUACCAUCUUACCCAUUUACCUUUUAAUUCUCUAUAGAUGAUUAUUUCAAACCAACUGAACUGAUAGCAUUGGGGCAUGAAAUGAUCACAUGCAGUCCUAGCCCAGUAUAAUUUCAAUGAAAGGAAAGUGGAUGUAGAAAAGAAAUCCUAUUUGCAUCCCUGACAUCCAUUUCUGCUUUUAGAGAUUAGAUCCAGUUAAAACAAGAGGCUGAAAAUGAAAUUGGUAAUGGAAGGUUGUUGACUGGGUUAGAGUUGCCUGCAUCUUAACAUCUUAAGACUUGACGUGCAGUAUCCUAGGAAGUCUGUAUGGAUUAACAAUCUCUGUGGUCCUACACAGAUCACUCUUUGUCUUCACCUUUCCCUCGCCACUAUAUUGCAAUUGGAUUUUAAACAAAAGUCUGGGUCUCGUGCUGACAAAUUGCCUUCACUUCUCUCAAUGAGGUGUAAGUGACAGGAAAGGGAGGCGUCAGAGAGUGUCUAGGACCGCUGAGUAUUUUGGCGUACACAUGUACAUGCAGAUGCCAUGUAAUAUUACCCCCAUUGAGAUACAGUGAGGGAUUUUAAACUGGCGGCUGCUGUUUAAAGAAAGGAGGCAGCCCAUCUAUGUCCUGGCUGAUUCAUGUGCGCAGUGGCCUGCAGAUGGGCACCGAGCUAAAGGUGGCCGGAGGGAUCCACAGCCCAGCAAUUUUUUUUUUAUGUUGUUGUUUAUUUCUUUCUUUCUUUGACAUUUUUUAUGUAAAUAUAUUUUUUUCUAUUUUAUUUUUUAAUAAACAUUUUAAAACUG